AUGAGCACUCGGAUACGUGAGGAGGCCUUGACAAUCCUUUGUCACCAGUUUGGGCUGUCCAUCUGCUUCAAUCCGUUUUUGAAGGUGUUGACGACAUCAAUCGACCAACUUCAAGCUGCCCUGUGCUCCAAGUCUGCCUGGGUUGCCGACCUUGAACAGGCGUUCGGGAUUAUGCAAAACACCAUCCACUUUUUACAAAGCCAGAAUAGUGUUUUCGAACAUGCCUGUAACCAGUAUAAGAACGAGGCUGAGGACGGCAAGGUUUCUGUUCUAGACAAGAAACUGGAUAUGAGUGCGUUCCAUCUCACCGAGGUGCACAAAAACCUCGAAAGUGUCCAAGAUGAGUUGAAGGAGUCCCAGAUGCGAGUGAAACUUCUCCAUGCUGAAAAACUUGAGAAGGAGAAGAUGAUUUCAGUUGUUUCUAAAUGCUUAGUGUUCGUUGCGCAGAAAGCCGUAAAGGGAGGGCGGGGAAGCCCACUCCAUGCAUUCCCUGAGAUGAUGGGAAUUCUUCGUCGGCUUUGCUGGGAGGCAAUGAUGACCUCUGACCGCUUAGAGACUUUCAUUGGUAUCGCAGAUAAACUCUACUAG